AUGCAGAAGUCUGGUGGCAGGCUGCCUCGAAUUGAGAUGAAGGAGCUCGGCCCUUCCUUCCAGCUCACCCUCGACCGAACGAGGGAGCCGGACAAAGAUCGGUGGAAGCAGGCCAUCAAGGUCCCCAAAGCCGCAAAGCCCAAGAAGGUCAAGAAUGUGAAGACGACCGAAAUGGGCAAGAGGAUAGGCAAGUUCCACUUAGGCAAGCAGGACUUCAAUCAGAUCCAUACCAUCCAUCACGGCGCCUCAAAGAAACGGAAGCUGACACAAGCGCUGAAACAGGGAGCCGCGAAUGCGCCCAAAGGCGACACGCCCGCGGACGCCAAAGCAGCGUGA